AUUGUGAAGUUAACCAUGUCCGUGACGGCACUGCUGAGAAAAGUUCACUUCUUUGAGUCUCUGAUCAACCUGUAUUGUAUCACAGAGCGAGUUUUGUCUAGCACCUUGCAGACAGAGGAAGCAGCUGUACAUAAAGAAGAUGAUGCAGAUGAAGCACCACAACUGCAAGCAGAGGAUGAGACCAAAAUCCUGGCAAACUUGGAAGAGGCAACAAAAAUACUUGGUGACCCUCAUGGGCUGAUUGGCCAGCUACAUGAUGCUGUACCAUACAACCUUCUAGUGGACAACCACGCCAAGUCUGCAGAUACAAUACAAGCUGUCUACAAUGUUGCUGCCUACUGCCGCCUGCUAGAGACUGUAUUUGCCUUGCUGUCGUGCCCACUGACUGCCAGUUGUCCGAGCAUUUACCUGUCCAUUGACACCUUGCUGCAACAGUUGAUGUCCAGCCAGCAAGGGCUGCUGUUUCUGUGUGCUCACGCAGAGACCGCUAGCGCCAUCAUCCGAUGCUUGUUGCAGGCUGCGGAGGAGACUGAAGACUCCGGAGAAGACUUCCCCUCCCGUCAGCUGGGUCUGGAGCUGGUCUACCACAUUCAGGUGCUGCAGUUUAUAGAUCAACUCUUUCACAGAGCUGGACCACACGCCCGAGGCAACCGACUCAUUGAUGACCCGGAGGUCAUCUCUGUCCUGCAUGGCCUGUACACGAUGACCUUCACAGCGGUCAGCAGAGAGCCUCUGAUGGGACGACACAUCCUGGCCAAAGUGUUGGCUUUUGACAACAACCUGGAGGCUUUCCUGCCAUUCUUGGAGAAAACUGGUGACGAGGAAGCUGACAGCCAGCUGCGCAAGAGUGUCUGUGCUAAUUACUCUAUUCAGCUGUUGUUGGCGGCUAUCAAAACCUGCCCCACUGUGACAAUGCUGGAACGAUAUGGCCAAAGGUUGCUGUCUUUGUCGCAGGACAGUACAAGUGCCAAACUGACCCAACUUCAGGAAUGGCUAGCUCCUGUGAAGAAAGUGAGCUCCUUUGACCUGGAUGGCCUGGCCUCAAUGAUCUCCCAGCUCAAGUCGUACACAGAUGAUGUGAAGAAGGUGCCUCCUGGACUGAUCACAGUCAUCCGGAUGAUCUAUUCCUUGGUGUCAGAGGCUGCAUCAAAUGCUUCAGUGGACAACAUGGACACAUUGAAUGAAGCCAAGUACAGAUAUGCACUUGUGGAAUUAUAUAGCGCUGACUGCUACCCCAUUUUCAUCAACAUCCUGCAGAAAUUGAGCGAGUCUCAGCUGAAGGUCUGGCAGCAAGGCAUUCCUUACACCACCGACCAAUGGCUGACCUACUUCUCCCUGAUCAAACCCACACUCAGCCUGGUGCACGCAACACUCUGCCAGCUCAUUCAGGCUUUCAGGACCGAAGGGGGCAAGCCCCAGGUAUCCCAUGAUGGACCUGCUGAAGACGAGAACCAUCAGGAGCUACUUGUAUUAAACUCUUUUAAGGACCUGACCUCUGUUCCCACACUGCUGGAGCUACACACUGUCAUGUGUUCGGUGCCGACCUCCUCCCUCUACAGCAGUGACCUCACCAAGAUACAGAAAGAUAUUGUGGACACCUUGUUGGCCUUCACCCAAGAGGACCUGCAGCAGACACAGACUGAUGACGCUCUCAGCAAAAGCCUAUGGACAUUGAUGUUGAAGGAGUUACUGAAGUACACCAUCAAGUCGCCAUACACGUACAUGAGUGGCCUGCUGGUUCUUUCAGAGCUACUGCCAUUGCCAUUUCCUUUACACACCAAGUCUCCACUGACUGAUGAGGAAAUGGAUGCAGCUGUCAUGGCCAGAAAACUCUGGAGUGUCCACCUGCAGUCUGCCACCCCAGAAUUGUUUGCUGUGCUAGACACUCUGUCCGGCACAGGCUGUCAGCCGUUGCAGCAUCUCAUGCGACGAGUUUGCUGGCAAAUUGCUGACCUUGCUGCACCGUCAUCUCUCAGGAUCACCAAGAUAUUGCUUGACAUCUUGAUGCUGAACUUGAAGCCCAAGAAGCCCACACAGACAGCCCAGGGAGAGCUGCAGACAGAGGCUGAUGAUGACAUGACAGCAGUCAGAACUGUAUCUAUUCAUACAGCCAAGACACUCAACCUGUUGGCCUACUUGCUGUCUCAUCCUGGCAUUAAAGCAGCUCUGCUACAGCUCAUUGGCACCAG